AUGAGUUUGACCUUUUCGACGACAAAUCGUCAUGUAAAAAGUCAAAAAGGGACGAAACUUCAUCUACCUGUUCCCAAGGUUAACGUUGGACAUCUUUUAUAUGACGAAUUGAAGAAAAGAAAUAGUAAUGAUAUUGCUUUUAAAAGUUAUCUUACAAAUGAAUCGAAUUCUGUUGGAGAAAUUUUUAAUAAUUCUUUAAAAUUAGCGCAAGCUCUUACUAACUUAGGACUUAGCAGCGAUGACUUAAUAGCAAUAGACGCUCAUAAUCAUGUUAAUUAUCCCAUAAUUGUUUUAGCAGCUUUAUAUACUGGAAUUCCCUUAGCUUUGAUGAAUCCAGCUUACACAGCCUAUGAACUUGAAAAUCUUUUUAAAAUUGUAGAACCAAAAGUUGUUUUUUGCUCGAAGAUAAAUUUAGAAACAUUGUUGACAGCAAAAUCUAAAUCAGACACAAUUAAAAAGGUUGUUGUUAUUGAUGAAUUAAAAGACAAAAUCGAGAACAAAGAUGUUACUAUGUUAGAAAAGUUCUUAGAAUGUUCCAAUACAAAUUUUAAAAUUCAACAAAUUAACACUAAAGAGCACAUUGCUUUUAUUAUGUUUUCAUCUGGAACUACUGGUUUGCCCAAAGCUGUUGUUACCACACAUCACAAUAUAAACGCAACAUUAAUUGCUAUACAACAUCCAUCAAUGGGAACUUUACCUCUCGAUAUGAAAACCGUUCUCGGAGUUCUUCCGUUUUUCCACGUUUUUGGUUUUUACCAACAAUUACAAGCUAUUCAAAAAUCAAUACCGAUGAUCGUCAUGGAACAUUUUAAUCCUCUUCAUUAUUUACAAUGUAUUGAGAAAUACAAAUUAUGGAGUUUAACAGCAGUUCCCCCACUUGUAAAUUACUUGGCUAAAACUCCGAGUAUUGAUGAACAUGAUUUGAGUAAUUUAACAGACAUUGUUUGUGGAUCAGCUCCUAUUGGAGAAGAUAUUUUACUAUUGGUGAAAAAUAGAUUAAAAUUAAACGACGUUCGUAUUGUUUACGGCACCACUGAAUCCCAUAUGAUCAUUGCAACAACUCCGCCAGGAUCUACAAAUAUAAAAUCAGUUGGAAAAAUUGGAAUCGCUACAACUCUUUGUAUUAGAGAUGUGGAAACUGGAAGAAACUUACCAGCAAAUCACCAAGGAGAAAUUUGUACAAAAAGUGAAAUGAUGAUGAAAUGUUAUUAUAAAAACGAAACAGCCACAAAAGAAGCUUUUACUGAAGAUGGUUAUUUAAAAUCUGGCGAUAUUGGUUAUUACGAUGAAGAAGGUUACAUAUACAUAGUUGAUAGAUUGAAAGAGUUUAUUAAAUGCAAAGGAUUUCAAGUAUCUCCAUCUGAACUUGAAGCAGUAUUGAUAACUAACAAAAAAAUUGCGGAUGUUGGUGUUAUUGGAAAACCUGAUGAAAGUGCUGGGGAGGUUCCUAUUGCUUUUGUUGUGAAAGUUGGCGGAGUUAACCUGAGCCAAGAAGAAGUAAAAGAAUACUUAGCUGGAAUUUUGAGUAAACAUAAACAACUUUAUGAUGUUUAUUUUGUGGAUGAAAUACCACGAACACCAUCUGGGAAAAUAAUAAGACGCGAACUUAAAAGAUUAUUAAAUAAAAUGACACAGUCUAAAUUGUAA